AUGCCGCAUAUGAGCUCAGGCGGCUCGGAAGAUUUUUUCUCAAAGGAUGAGGUUAAGGUGUAUAAAGAUGAGGGAGAGGAAGAAAAACGUUCGUCAGAAAAUCUCUCGGAAGAAAAGUUGGGACUUGUCACAGAAUCGGAAGAGGUUAGUGCACGGUGCCCUACAAUCGCCGAUUCUCUUUGA